AUGGCCGGCAACGGUAAUAUGAUCACUCACUUCCGGGGAGCCGCAAUCUUGGCGCCGUGGGUGCUCUGGUUGCUGCUGGCCGACACCGCCAUUUCCCUCCAGCUGCCGUUUAAAUGGUUCUUCCCAGACUUCGUCUACAACUCGUCGUCGAGGAUCGCCGAGACCGUGUGGUACUGGAUCCAGAUCAUCUUUGAGCGUUUCAACGGCGCCAACAUCACCUUUUCCGGUGAUGCUAUUCCGCGCGGAGAGUCGGCCGUCGUGGUCGCCAACCACGUCGGAUGGGCAGACUUUUACAUGAUCCAGGCCUUGGCCAUCAAGGCCGGGAUGCUCGGUCGGUGUCGCUACUUUGCCAAGAUUCAGUUGCGGAUCGUCCCGUUCCUGGGCUGGGGGUUGUGGGCGAUGGGCAUGCCCAUGGUGAGCCGCAACUGGUCCAAGGACAGGCAUGAACUUGAUAGAGCCUUCUCGGGCAUCGUUAAUAGGCAAUGGCCAACUUGGCUCAUCAGCUUCAGCGAGGCCACCCGCUUCACAAAGAAGAAGUACGAGCAGUCAAUCGUCUGGUGCAAGGAGUCGGGGCGUCCGCAGCCGAUGCAUCUCCUCUACCCAAGAACCAAAGGCUUCAUCACCACCGUGCAGCAUCUCAGAAAGGCCUCUCACGUCAAGGCAGUAUACGACAUUACGAUUGCGUAUCAGAGGGGAGGCGAGUUCCAUGCUGCACCGACGAUGUGGGACACCCUGAGCGUCCCCGGACUCAGCUCGAGGCUUGGGUACAAAUUUCACGUUCAUGUGCGAAGGUUUCCGCUUGAGACUCUGCCGACAGAUGAUGAGAAACUGGCCAAGUGGCUUGAGAAUGUCUGGGUUGAAAAGGGUGAGUGGCUGGACGUGAAGAAGGCUGAGUGGGCGUCUACGGCAUGA